AUGACAACAACGUUUCGAGUGAUAUCAGCAUUUUUAAUUUCAAUUUUAAUCUUAUUUUGCCUAUUAUCGGCAAACGCAACAACAAUAAUCGCUUACAUCACUGACAAAAAACUUCAUACUGUUUAUGACUUCUUUAUUUUUAAUUAAGCUACUACAGACCUUUCAAUAGGAUGCAUAAGUAUGCCAUUUUAUGCAGUCUAUACGCUUUCAAGAAUUUUGUCUGGGAAUUGGGUGAUACGUUUUUGUAAAGUAUGGAAUGUUAUAGAUUUUACAUUAUGUCUUGAAUCAAUCUUGCUAAUACUAUUGUUAAGUUUCGACAGACUUUGCCUUGUUAAAUAUGGACCCUUCUAUUCUUCAAAAAUGACACAGCAGAAAGCCAAACUCUUGGUUAUUAUGUCCUGGAUAAUUUCAUUUCUGUUAUACGGGCCAGCAAUUAUUAGCUGGAAUUAUUGGUCGGGUUAUACGACAGUGGAACCUUUGGACUGUGACGUUGAAUUUGCAUAUAAUUUUGUGUUUACUACAACAGCUGCAAUUAUUGAGUUUGUUAUACCAGUUGUGGGAUUAGCAAUCAUGAAUGUUAUGAUAUAUCAGCACAUUAAAAGCAGAAUUGGCAGUCCAAACAGUGGCAAUCCGAAACCUAUUAUAAGAACUUCAUCAAUAAUAAAGGAAAUAACAGAGAUGCAAGAAAUAAUGCAUGUAAAAGCUGACAAUAUAAGCGUUCGAGAGGAAGAUGGUAUUGACGGUGGAACGUUGGACGUAGGAAAAUUUGGAAUGCCGAAUGUACCAAAGAUUUUGUAUUCUUCAGGACGCUUACCGAAUAUGCCAAAGAUAGUGCUGAAUAGUUCAGAACAUAUCACUGAAGAAGAUCAUGAUGAAAAGGGAAUUAGACAUGAUUCAGGAAAAAUAGAAAAUGUAACAAAAGUCAUUAAAGAGAAUUGCAUGUCGACUACUCAUAAAAAUGUACAUAACAGAAUAUCAUUUUCCGCGAUUCCUAAACGUUCAGCCCGAUUCAGUUUCUUCGGAACCUUAGAAAACAGUUUCAGAAGAAAGUCUAAAAACAAGAACGAACAUUCGCGAUUUAAGCGGGAUGCAAAAGCAGCACGAUUUUUGGCGAUCCUGGUCCUAGUUUUCCUUGCAUGUUGGGCUCCAUACACUAUAACAACGAUAGUAAUUUCAUUCUGUGGCGAUGAAUGUGUUAACACAAGCUUCUAUGAAAGUAUGAAUUGGUUGCUAUGGUCAAAGUCGGCAAUCAAUCCGUUUUUGUAUGCAAUAAACAGUUCUAGAUAUAGAUUCCACUUCAAGAAGUACAUUUUCUGUUGCAAGAACCAAGUCUACCCGCAUAACACUGAAACGACAUGUCAGACAGCUGGCUAG